AUGGCAUACAACCAGACCGACUACAUCCCAUCAUCAACAGGACCGACGGCCACACCCGAGAUGUCGCACAGCCAGAACGACGACAUCACAACACCAGCGGGGGCGACGGCCGAGCCCACGAUGGCACAGAAGCAGAACGACGAGGCAUCGGCAACCACACCUGAGAUGGCACGUAACCAUCAGGACGACGACAUCCCAGCAUCAGCAGAGGCGACAGCCAAACCCACCAUGACCAUGGCACACAAGCAGAACGACACGCUAUUGGCAGUGAAACCUGAGAUGGCACACAACGACAUCCCAGCAUCAGCAGAGGCGAUGGCACACAAACAGAACGACACACUAUUGGCAGUGAAACCUGAGAUGGCACACAACGACAUCCCAGCAUCAUCAGAGGCGAUGACAGACAAGCAGAACGACGAGGCAUUGGCAGUGAAACCUGAGAUGACACACAACCAGGACAACCACAUCCCAGCAUCAACAGGGGUAACGGUAACGGCCAAACCCACGAUGGCACACAACCAGAACGACGAGGCAUCGGCAGUGAAACUUGAGACGGCGCACAACCAGUGCGACCCGGCAUUGGCAGCGGCGACGGCCAAACCAGAAAACGACAUUGCCGUCAAGCCUGAGAUUCCUGAGAUUGCACAUAUGCAGAAAGACGGUGUAGUGGAGGGCGCCAAACCUGAUAUUACACAUAGCCAGAACAACAACCCAUCAUCAGUAGCAACGGCAGCGGCGGGACCGUGCGUACAUGCCACCACACGUACUCCCAGCCAGACUCCACAUGUGAAGUCUAAGGCAACACCAGCACAAUCACCAGGAAGUGUGGCAGCGAAGUCUCCCAGACCUAAUACCAAUGCCACCAAGACCAGAGCAUCACCGCGCGACACGCGCAUGGGAUUCCGAACCAUCGAAGGCAUGCGGUGUCUGUUUGGCAUCAAAGAUGUCCCUCCUCAGCCUCAGUCUGCUCCGGCUUCUCAUUAUCGUAACGGUAUCACAGCAUCCGACCCAACCGCUCAAUGCAGCCCGAAGCAGCCUGAUGCCACUCCACCGCCCACUGACGGCUCACAGGCUGUUGCACCAUCCGACCCAACAGCUGGCCAGUGUAAUGCCCCAACCGUCGAAAGCAUCCGGCAGCUGUUCAGUGCCCCUCCCGCGGCCCCUCCCCCAGAAGCAGCUGAAGGAUCCGAUGCCACAGACGUAGGAUGUCCGGGCAAUGCCACUUCAGAGGCUGCACAUAGCACACAUGCACACAAGCCCAUGUCCAAGUGUCAGCCUUCAGCCACACUGCUACAGCGAUCCAUCGUCCAUGACUUGGAUGGCAUGUUUGACUUUUGGGAUUUCAGCUUUGACAAGAUGGUCGACGGUAUGUCGGAAGAUGAACGACUCGACACAUGGGAGCGACUGGCCAGAUCUCUCGAAGACGACAGCUUGUCAACGGCUUACUCAGGUGUACGUGCCCCAGAAACGGCAAUGUCAGUGAUGCGCUACCGGCUUGGUCUGCGACUGGGUAGGGAAGUCAAAUGCAACAACCACAACCUGUCUCACGCGAUCGAAUGGUCGCCCGAUGCACAGGCAGAGUGCUUGCUGUCUGCCCGGCACGAGGGGGGUGGAUGUGUGUUUGGUAACAUCGCUGAUUUCUUCAGGAGCGAGCUCAAGGACUCCGUGAUACCACAGCUCCUUGCGAAGCCUGCUAUGACUCUUGAAGUUCUUCAACCAUUGCUCCGGACCAAUCGGCUGGAGAUCGUUUACUUUAUGGCAUGGCUGGGUUUGCGAAUGCUUCUGCAAGAGCCAGAUGUGACACAGGAGAACGUGGUGGGGUUUCCUCCGGAUGUCAUUGAGCAGGCAGUCUCCAGCAUAUACUACAUGGAGGUAUGUGAACUGGAUGCUGUACAAUUCGGCUGUGCCUGCGCACGCCGGAGGCAGUUUAUCCGCCUGCGACACAAGGAGAAGGUCCUUGGUGAGAUCUCCCCGUUGGCCCGGUUCUCGACACGCUUCUUCAGGGCCGUGAAGUAUCACUGGUACUUCUACAGACACAAAAUCCUGAGCGAUCUUCCGGUGAAGAACGAACUGCUGCAGGAGCUGGAAUGGGCUUGUAGGCGACCAACCAGCCAGGCUGUUGACUUUGGCCUUGAUCAAUUGGAACCGUCGGAUGUGCUUCGCCCAGAGGUGUGGCUUGCUGCCCUGAACACAGGAGAGGAAUCCAUCCGAUCAUCCUAUGAACUUGUUCACCCGAACCAGGUAUGGGCACUUAAUCAGAACCCGGCCACGGGGUUUGCGAACACAUCCACCGACCGGCACUUACAGACCAUCAUUGCCAACCUACACAUGCUUUGGACCCAACAUUCAUCCGUUGUCCCUGCCCGGUGGCUCAUGGGCAGUGAAGCGCUGGUGACGCAAGCCUUCCCCAUAGUUCCUGGUCUGUGGGGAGUAUCACCAGAUGACACGCCGGUUCUUUGCAGCUUCAACCUUCCCAGGGAGGGACGGACGUCACGAUCUAUGAUGGCUCAGGCUGGGAACAGCAUGAACAUCAUUGUCAUGACGGUUGUGAGCCUACAUGGCUUGCUUUCCUACGAGCAACGACAGCUGCCAGACAUCGUGGCAAACAUCCGUUUGUCCCGCCGUGCCAUGCGGACAGUACUGGGGCCGGGGUGUUGUUUUUGGUUGUUCGGAGCCUCACUAGAAUUGCUUUGUUUGUCUUCGUAG